ACACCAUCCCAUUACACACUCUAACGGUUUUUGUUAAUUUUAACACACUCUAAUAGUUUCUGUUAAUUUUGAGCAGCUCCCAAUCUAUGUUUUUGAAACUCUUCCUAGGUCCAAUCAGCAGAGUGAUUAACAACAAGAGUGUAAGGCAGUCCCCUCUUGUUUAUGGAUUUGAUCAAAUCCAAAUUCUCCUUGAAAAUAUGAAACCGGAGCUUCAUCUCCAUGCUUUCAUACCUCUUCUUGUACCUGUAAGCAAAACAGGCGAAGUAGAAAGCAUGGCGAGUGUAGCCAAGGACUUGGAGGACAGAGGAGUCAAAGUCACCGAGGCCAUUGGAGACCAAUCUGAUCAGAUUGGAGUUGUCAAAGACUAGUCCUGCGGUGGCACAAUAGCACAGGAGGAGGAUGACACCCGUUACACACUCUAACCCGAUUUGGGUUCUCCAGGAGAACCCAAAUCUAGGUUCUCUUGGAGAACUCAGGAGAAAAAAAUAAAAAGAGGAAGAAGGUGGAAACCUGAUACGGCUGGCAAUUGUCUUGCAAAUGAUUAGGAUAAAGAUAGAGGUGAGGA